AUGACAAAAUUCAAAACUCGUAACGAACAGUGUGAUCCCAAACGGUUAAUUCAACCAUUAGAAGCCUAUAUUUUGUUGCCGGAUCGACUUUGUGCGGCAAGCCCAGAUAACAUGCGAUACACCCCAUGCAUGACCGAUCUGAUCAUCAAGACGGCCGAGAGUUCCAGAUGGUUGACAGACACUGAAUUAAUCCCCGUGCAUUGGUUGACACUGCAACUAGAGCCACAGAAAAUGAUCUCUGUGGUGGCAGCUGUUGUCCCAGCGCUCAGUCAUCGACUCACUUGUCCACGAGCGGGCAGAAAUCUAUUUCGAUUUUGUUCGUUUAACAAAACUCAAAAGCGUUCAUUGAUCGAGACACUGCCCGGUGUAGAGAAAUGGAAUUUUGACAGUCUAGUCAACUUACAAGUGGUGGUGGUUGUUCAGUGGCCAGAUCCAUCAUCCGAACUUUUCGAGAAGUGCAACUUCCGUAUUCCUAAUGCGUAUACAAUAAGGAAAGCCUUACGAAAACGAAAACCGAUCACACUGGGCGUUCCAUCUCACGUAAGGGACACAUAUUAUAUGGAUUUGCGGCGAAUUUGCGUCCCCGAAAAAAAUAUCAUUUUUCAGUUGAAUCGGUUCACUCAAUCCACGGCUGAGCUGGCUCUCGCGUUGCUGACGGCACUUAGCCGAGGCAUAUUCAAAGACUCUAACGCCAUGUACUCACAUUGGCUUCAAACGCUGGUAAAACCUGAAAGAAUUAUUUACACUAAACCUAGGGGCCACGGGACUGUAUUUGAUACCGUGAAAAAAUUCACACAACCAAAUUCCGAAGCAAAUAUGUGCCAAUCAAGUGUGUUGGAAGAGAGCGAAUCACAAAGGAAACAAGUUCGCGGACCAGAAGAACAAACCAACUGUGAGUCGAACCACCAUUGGAACACCUUAUUGAGCGGUCGACCGUUGAAGCAUGCCAGAUUGGGUUUGAUUGGUCUAUCCGGUGAGCUACCUGUUGGGAUAGCUCGACUUGCUCGGUCCGCGAUCGGGAUGGAAGUGAUCUACUAUCAGAAACAUCCUAUUCCCAGUCUUCCCUAUACACAUUAUGAGAACUUGAAAGAAUUACUUCAAGUCAGUGAUGUGGUCAUUUUGGCUGACGAUGAUUUGAACCGAAACAUCCCAACCGACCCAAAGUCACAGUAUUACCGAUACAAUUCGGUGAAACACAAAAGGAAACCCCGAUUGUGGCUCACACUUGAACAUUUCACCUGUCUACAACCCCACUCCGUACUGAUAUGCGUCACAUCCAUUCAAUGUAUCGACUUUUCAUCGUUAAAUUUGGCUCUUCGAUGCGGUCUACUACGAGGUGCUGGUUUGACUAUGCCGAUAGUUUGGUUCUCUCGUCUGGCCGAAUUGGAAGCGCUACGUCAGCUACCGAACACAUUCAUUUUACCCCCGGCCACAAGUUCAGUAUGCGCACAUUCCGAUGUUCGUAUGCAGAUAGCCCGAGAAAUACUCGAAGUGAUCGCACAUUUCCUAUCCCGUCCGAAUUCGCGAGCCGGGACGGAUGAUUCCAUACGGUUUGAUUUCGACCAUUUACAAAAUGAGCCCAAAACGAACUCAAAGAAAGUAGAUCCCACGCAUGACCAAUCCGAUUUCGGAAGUUUCACUUUGAGUUCUCUCGGGAACAAUCAAGCAUUUUGGCCUGGUUCAAAAAAUAUGUCUAAUCCAUAUCUGUGCUCCAUCACCACAUCGACCACGAUGAGCAUUUCAACCGAUAUGACAAACAAUCCCGUAAAAAGUUGGCACUGGGUUGUCAAUCGACUGAACAGUAUGUGGAAAUGUGUCAGUCGCUCCUCUGCUUUGUACGAUCAAUAA